AUGUCCGCUCCACAUCUCAAGUCCCCUCCCCACCCCAAAAAGGUAGCGCCCGCCGCCGCUUCUGCUUCUACCUCCAAACGGCGAUCCAAACUCGCCAAAGAAAACGACAUUUCCGCCGAAGAAGAAAGUGAAAUCCAAGAAGCCUUUGCACUCUUCUGCAGCAACAGCAACAGCAAAGACUCUUCCCCCGCGACAAUCCGCACCAUCGAUAUCCGCCGCAGUCUCAUCGCGCUCAACGCAGCACCAGGCAACAAAGACGACUUGCAAGAACUCAUCGACAUUGCAGAUCCCGACGCAGAUGGAGUAGUAGAUUACGAGCAUUUCCUACCUGUAGCGGCGUUGCAGGUGAAUCGGGCGAAAAAUGAAAGAGAUGAAGAGCAGCAGAGUGCCGAGGUGGAGAAGGCUUUUGCGUUAUUUACGAGAGGAGAGGAGAGAGAUAUUACGUUGGGGGAUUUGAAGAGGAUUGCGGCGGAAUUGAGAGAGGAUGUUCCGGAGAGUGUGCUGAGGGAUAUGGUGAGGGAGGCUAAAGGCGGUGGGUUGGGAGGUGUGGGUAAGGAGGAGUUUGAGGGCGUGAUGCGGAGGGCAGGAGUGUUAGGAUGA